UCUGUCCUAUGGACAUUUGGGGGCGUGACAGAACCCUCGGGUGGACCCAAUGAAGUUGCGGGAGGCGGGACUCGACGGGCGGCAGAAACCUGUCAUGGCGCGGGGACUUGCCGAGCAGCCGAGGGUUUAGUUGCCACGUGAACUUUCCAGCAGCGUCUGCAACUCUUUGCAGCAUGUCGGCCACCGCGGCAGCUCGUAAGCCUGGGAAGCAGGCCUCCCGGGCCGGGGCCGCUGCAGAGCCCAGCAAGCGGCGACGAAAGGCCGACUCUGCGGGGAACAGGAAGAAGCUCAAGGAUGGCGGCAAGAUGAAUGAGGAGAUCUCUAGCGACUCUGAGGCUGAGAGCCCAGCUCAAGGGAAGAUUGAGGAGGAAGAAGAGGAGGAGCUGGAGGAGACUGUGCAAGAGAAGAAGCUGCGCUUGGCCAAACUCUACCUUGAGCAGCUCAGGCAGCAAGAGGAGGAGAAGGCUGAGGCUCGUGAAUUUGAGGAGGACCAGGUGGCAGGACGCCUGAAAGAGGAUGUGCUUGAGCAGAGAGGCCAGUUGCAGAAGUCAGUUGCAAAGGAGAUCCAGGCCCCAGCCCCGGACGACAUUCGAGUUUUACGGGGCCACCAGCUGUCCAUCACGUGUUUGGUCAUCACUCCUGAUGACUUGGCCAUAUUCUCCGCCGCCAAAGACUGCACAAUCAUUAAGUGGAGUGUGGAGAGUGGACAGAAACUGCAUGUGAUCCCACGUGUCAAGAAGGAUACUGAGGGCCAGCCUCCUGGCCAUUGCACCCACAUACUCUGCAUGGCCAUCUCUUCUGACGGCAAGUAUCUUGCCUCGGGCGACCGCAGUAAGCUCAUUCUCAUUUGGGAGGCUGAGAGCUGCCAGCACCUAUAUACCUUCACAGGACACCGGGAUGCUGUGUCGGGGCUGGCAUUCCGCAAAGGCACCCACCAGCUUUAUAGCACAUCCCAUGACCGCUCUGUGAAGGUGUGGAAUGUGGCAGAGAACUCCUAUGUGGAGACACUCUUUGGGCACCAGGAUGCUGUGGCUGCACUGGAUGCUCUGAGCCGGGAGUGCUGUGUGACAGCUGGUGGCCGGGAUGGGACUGUGCGUGUAUGGAAGAUCCCUGAGGAGUCUCAGCUUGUCUUCUAUGGCCAUCAGGGUUCCAUUGACUGUAUCCAUCUCAUCAAUGAGGGGCACAUGGUGUCAGGUGCAGAUGAUGGCUCUGUGGCCUUAUGGAGCCUCUCUAAGAAGCGGCCACUUGUCCUACAUCGUGAAGCUCAUGGACUGCAGGGGAUGCCAGGCCUGGAGCAGCCCUUCUGGGUGUCAUCAGUGGCAGCCUUACUUAACACGGACCUGGUGGCCACAGGCUCCCACAAUAACUGUGUGAAGCUUUGGCAAUGCGGGGAGGGCUUCCAGCGUCUUGACCCUCUCUUUGACAUCCCCCUGGUGGGUUUUAUCAACAGUCUCAAGUUUUCCAGUUCUGGGGACUUCCUGGUAGCUGGAGUAGGACAGGAACACAGGCUUGGCCGUUGGUGGCGGAUCAAAGAGGCACAGAACUCAGUCUGCAUCAUCCCACUCCGCAGGGUUGCCGGACCCCCAGCCUCCAGCUCCUGAUGCUCUCAUCUUCCUUAUUUAAGUUCUUACCAGGUCCUGCCCCACUUUUUGUAUUAAAUGCCUCCCUUUGUGUA